UCAUGUGCGGUUGCGCGCCAUCAUCGAUGAGCCUCCGUGAAAAUUCGUAGAGCGACGACGCCGACACGUCUCUGACGUCCUUAGUCGUCCACCACAUUUUUCGUAGCGUCUGGAGGCGCAGGUCAGCGCGGACCUCUGAAAAAAUAAAGCUUGCGAGCGUGCCCUUUGCGUGAAUCACUUUAGCGAGGAAUAUUAGGCUAUGAAUGAAGACCCAACCCCUUUACUUCGAGUUUCAUUAUCUGGAGUGCAGAUCUUGGCCGUGCUGCUAUUGUCCGUGAUACCCUGGCCAGGACCAAGCGUCUUCAAGAUAUCAUGCCAUCGGGAUCGGGCCUCGGUCGUGAGGAGGAUAGUCCAAAAGAAGUGGAUACCAAUCCUGAGAAAGUAUCAGGUGGAACUGCCUUUGGAAUGUCCUUUUCACAAGAGCCGCGACGUCUUUUAUCCCCAGCAGGCUGCAAAGCAUCAACACAGGCCGUCUCAAUGGACCUGUGGCCUGUGCGGCAAGUCCUUCUACGCGGAGAAGCACCUGGACGCUCACUUCGAUAACAGACACAAAAGUAAUGUCAAUACGGCCGAGGACGCCGUGUGCCUUGCUGAUUACUGCGACAUCAUGAGGUGCGACGUGUUUGGCACGCGGGACUUUGAGAGCUCCCUUGCCGAGGACUCCGGCCCUCUCAACACGGACAUUCAAGUGUGGAAGGAGAGCUCGAGCCAGCGCACCUCCGUCGCAGCGCCCAUCGAGUCGCGCGACCUGGCCAAAACCUAUCGCGACAGUCUCUAUAUAUCAGGGGACGACGGCUCGGCUCACGAGAGCUUUCAGCAGUACUGCCAGGGCGGCUCCUCGCUCGACGGCGGAUAUCGCCGAGGGAUCACCGGUUCGGACAACAAGAGCAGCGACGCCUGCGACAAUGACGAUGGCGAUGGUAACGGCGAAGAUGGUGACGCGGACGCAAGUUACAAGGACCAGGACCAGGACGAGGACGAGGACGAGGACGAUGGUGAUCUCUAUGCCGAAGACGAUGACAGCCUGGUGGAGGCGGCGCUGCCCCCUGGUUCUGAUCGUAAAAUGCGUGACAAGGCCUUCGAGUUGCGAAAGCUCAAGUCAAACUGCAAGCAGGAGGAUUUACAGAAACUGAAAGUCCAGUGCGAAGUCCUAGUUCGUGACUGCAUCGCGGGCUUACUCACCAAUCUGUCCUUGCGAGAUUUUCAAGAUAUCGAAGCCGAAAUGAACAGAGCCAUCUGUUGGUACUUGAGUUGCGACCGAUAUUGGGAAGACACCAAAAGACAGCGUCACACUCCUUGGUACCUGUUGAUAACGUUCCUCCUGAUUCUCCUAUUCGGGAUGUUCGUCUGCUAUUACGUCAUCUGGGUUUUAUUCAAUUCCGCGGAGGAAAGUAGAGGCAAUGGCGCUUCAAGAGAGUCCCAUUAUAAUGUCCGUAAUGAUCACGCAGGCUCAUCCUCCCGCGAUUCCAAUUGCUAUGGCGACGGAAAGGAUGACAUAAGAGGAAAAUCGGAGAUCGAUGUGUCUCCGGCGAGCGCCGAUGCACCGGACGGUUACAUAUACGUCGCUUAUCCUCCCGAACUUAAGCGGCGACUAUUGGAAAGCUGCUACAACAGGACCACGCGUCUGUGACGAGAUAAUAUCCGCCAUAAUUCGUCGAGAUACGGCGGGGAGGGGAACGGAUGGGGCAAGAUAGCUUAUCUCAAACCUUAACUGUAUUGUUACCAGCGCACUUCCCCGUAUGAUUAUGAUUAUCCGUUAUUUUGUAUACCGGUGAGACGAACAAUAAAACUGAGGGUACCCGAGCGCAAUAUACCUAUAAAAUUA